CACUUGACGACGCUUUCUCACAAGGAAGACAAGAAGCCGGUAAGGCGCGUGGAUUCUCAGCCGUCCGUUUCGUAACCGUAGGCUCCACGCGCCUCUCCGUAAUUCCCCGCAGAGUUUCUUCUCCUGCUCUUUUGAAGAAGGAGGAUAGGCUUUUCUCGUAAUUGAGCUCAUUUCGUUAGAUUCGCUCUUCAAGGAAGCUAAACCGCUGGUUCUGAGGAAUUGAGAUUUCUAAAACUUUGUAAAGGAUAGACAAGAUAGGCAAAAAAAAAAAAAGAGAGAAUGGUGACUGGUUGUGUUGAUCUUGAUCAAUCUUUCAAAUCUCUAGAUUCUUCUGUUCCAAUUCCUCCACCUCUUCCAUCAAAAUCUAAUGGAUACCAGAGAAGACAUGGUAUGGAUGCUGCACCAGGACUCGGGAAUGGCUGCGUUUCCACAGCUACAAGAGAUAUGUGGGAUCGUCUUUUCAUCGAUGGAUACAAAGCUGAUGUAGUGAUAUACACAGAUAGUGGUUACGUCAUCUAUGCUCAUGCCAACAUAAUUGGAAAUGCGUCCACUGUGAUCAAAGGCAUGUUGAAGCAAGCCAAAAGACAUGGCAAGUGGCAUACAAUCUCAAUCCGUGGUGUCCCUCAUGAUGCUGUUCGAGUUUUCAUCCGUUUCCUCUACUCUUCCUGCUAUGAGAAAGAAGAAAUGAAUGAGUUUAUCAUGCAUUUGCUACUUCUAUCGCAUGCGUAUGUGGUUCCUCAGCUGAAACGGCUCUGUGAAUGGCAUCUAGAACAUGGUUUGCUUAAUACUGAGAACGUGAUUGAUGUGUUCCAGCUUGCGUUGCUGUGUGAUUUUCCUCGGCUGAGCGUCAUAUCUCACCGUAUGAUCAUGAAACACUUUAAGGAGCUUUCUGCGACAGAAGCAUGGACAGCUAUGAAGAAAAGCCAUCCGUUUCUUGAGAAAGAAGUUAGUGACUCAGUGAUUCUCGAAGAAAAUAUGCGGAAAGAGAGGAUCAGGAAACGAAAUGAUCAGCGGAUAUAUUCGCAGCUAUACGAAGCAAUGGAAGCUCUUGUUCAUAUAUGCAGAGAUGGAUGUAAAACAAUAGGACCACACGAUAAGGAUUUCAAGCCGAACCACGCAGAGUGUAAUUAUGAAGCUUGCAAGGGAUUAGAAUCAUUGAUCCGGCAUUUUGCAGGUUGUAAGCUCAGAGUUCCAGGAGGUUGCGUACAUUGCAAGAGAAUGUGGCAACUCCUUGAAUUGCAUUCACGUGUCUGCGCAGAUUCUGAUCAAUGUCGAGUCCCUCUGUGCAGAAACUUAAAAGAAAAGAUGGAGAAACAGAGCAAGAAAGAUGAAACAAGAUGGAAACUUCUGGUGAAGAACGUAUUGGGGAGUAAGAAAAUCGGAGGAUCUCCUUACUUUUUACCGGUGACCAGCUGUUAAAAUCCUCUCAACUCAAGAUUUCGCCAUUUUUCGAAAAUCUCAAGAAGGCGAGUUUUAAGUGUUUCUUGUGAUCCCCUCCUACCCUUAAAAACACAAGUGUACCAUAUUAAAUUCGAACGGAUGAAAUAAAAACACAGACUUUGUCAGCAAAGAAAGGAGCAACAACUCUGACAAAUUGGUAAAUCAAAUCCGGUUUAAGGAUGGGUUUAAUUACUCUGUGGCAAUAAGCUGGGGGCAUCAUACGGAACAAGAGAAGAAGAAUCACGAAUCUACCAAAGUUUAUAGAGGACCCAACUUGCUUUGUUAUUUAUAAUAACUCCAAAAAUGGAAAAGAGAAACGAAAAGAUCGUGGUGGGAAAAAGUGAUGCAGAACAAGACAAGAAAAGAAAGAGAGAGGACGUGGUACAAGUGUACACAAAAUCGGUCUCACUCACAUCACAUGUUUCUAUUUCAUUUAAUAAGUAAUCUUGGGAACAUUCAUUGUCACACCCCCAAUAUCGUAUUUUAGACCUUGUAUAUAUAUUCUCCUUUAAAUCACUUUCAUUAUCACU